UCAUUAUCAAAAAAUUAUAGAAAGAUACUGGAUAUAGACAAAAAUGAUUUUAUCACAUUGUUAAGUCUUGUUUUUCCUGUAUACAGUUUCUUUUUUUUUUGUUUAUUAAAUAUUCUGCGUCUUUUUUUUUCUUUUUUUCUAAAAAAUUAACAUAUAUUUUAUUUAUUUAGCUAUAGUAGAAAUAAAAAAGUCUAAUUAUAAAGUAGGUUCAAGCACGUUUUAUGUACAAUACUGUACAUAACCUUCUAAGAUACACACGCGUUAUAUUUUGACGCAUUGUAUCAACGAAAGAAUUUAUAAGCAUUUAAUUUAAAAAUAUUUAUUAAAUAUUCAUUCGAGAUGUCAACGACACUGGCACUACCGCAAAAAAAAUACUAUAGACAACGCGCGCAUUCGAAUCCGAUAGCAGAUCAUUGCAUCGAAUACCCCAUAAAACCAAAUUUAAUGGAUUGGAGUGCCUUGUAUCCACAAUAUUUUACUGGCAACGAGGAAACACAGAAAUAUGUAGAGUUUGCGGAUGUUGGUUGCGGCUAUGGAGGAUUGCUUGUUGCCUUAUCAUCAAUGUUUCCUGAUAAUCUGAUACUUGGUAUGGAAAUUAGAGUAAAAGUAUCAGACUAUGUUAUGGAUCGCAUUGCUGCUUUACGUUCACAAAAUCCUGGUCAAUACCAGAAUAUUGCCUGCCUAAGAACGAACGCCAUGAAAUAUCUGCCAAAUUAUUUCUUCAAAGGACAAUUAAAGAAGAUGUUUUUCCUGUAUCCAGACCCACAUUUCAAAAAAUCGAAACAUAAAUGGAGGAUAAUAAACAAGUCUUUAUUAGCAGAAUAUGCUUAUGUAUUAGCAGAAGGGGCAACUGUAUACACUGUAACAGACGUGAAAGAUUUGCAUGAAUGGAUAGUUCAACACUUUCAAGAACACCCGUUGUUUAAAGAAGUUUCUAAGCAGGAUUUGGCGACCGAUCCUGUAGUGGAAAAAUUAUACGAAAGCACUGAAGAAGGUCAGAAAGUAACCAGGAAUAAAGGAAAUAAAUUCCUGGCUGUGUUCAGAAGGAUUGCAGAUACUUACAUUGCAAGUAGCUAGCAGCAGCAGUUGUAUAUAAUUGUAUAUAUACAUUAUAAUAUCUGACUAUCAUCAUGCAGCGAAAGAUAUUCUUGAUGCUAAUCUUGAUGCCACAUAAGGAUAUUCCUCCCUUGGACGUAACAAUCGUAUCUCUAAAAUUGAUUGAAGCAAUUGAAAACAUCGAGAAUUAUUUUUAAAAAUAAAAUAUUUGAUAUUUCGCGAUAUA